AUGGGACUGGGAACCCAAGACCCAGACUCCCACUGCACCUCCAGCCAAGGCCCCACUGACCAGCCCCCUCUCCCACAGGUCGUCCUUGAAGAAAGUGGCUCAGGCAACGAGGAGAAACCAUUGGACGAAGAGAUUUCUUCUGGUUCAGAAUCUGAGUCCAGCUCAGAUGAGGGGCGCUCCAGGAAGCGGAAAGCCAGUUCCGGAGACAGCUGCCAAGCUCAGCCAGGAAACUACGAGCCUGGGGACGAGGACGGCGAGACUUUAGAAAAGAAACGAAAACCCUCCGUGGGCCUGGAUGGACGCAGCAGCAGCGAGGGCCAGCCGACCCGUGGUGCCCACUCCAGUGGACCCCUGAGGGCCGGCUCUGGGCGCCCCAACCAGCCCAGGUCCCGGUCCCCAGGAGGCCGCCCGCCGCCGCUUCGGAAAAGCCUGGUGACCUCCCUGCGCACCCUGUCAGAAGCCAUUUAUCAGGACAUGGCCCAGGUGUGGGCGCAGCAGGCGCACACCCCGCUCACCGAGGAGCAGCUGGCGGAGCUCGCCCAGCUCCGGGGCCCUCUGCACGCCGCGGUGCAGACCUUCUACGCCAUGGCCCGCCAGGCCGCCUGCACCUUCCCUGCAGAGGGCUGGUUCCUCCCGGCCCCCGCCCUGCCCAGCGAGGUUCCGAGCUCUGGCCCCGAGGAAGACCGGCCCCCCACGCCCUGCCAGGACGCGAGAUAA